CAUAGUAGGAUUGGUAAUAUCCGCAACCCGGAAGUCUAAUUUACAAAUGUUUGUCCGGGCGUUUUGCCUUAAAUCUGGACCUUUUGGCUUUAUGUGUAAUGUUCAGGCAGUGUGAUGGAGUCUGAGCGUACAUCGGCUUAUGGUAAUAACACAAAUGUAGAUUUUACACAAAGCACCGACGAUGACCCUCUUAUUGAUGGACCACUGGUUUCCCAAGAUGCACUUGAGUCAGUGAUCAAGAGAGAGUUUCAGAAAUUAUCCACUCAUUGGGCAGUGAGUGUCAUCUCAUUUUUACAUGUGGUUUAUGUGGUUUUAUGCAUUGUAAUCACAGUAUUUUACUGGAUAUCUGAUGAGCACACUCCUGAGUGCACUGCAGCAUUGCAGGGCAUUGACUCCAAGACUGUGAUCUUACUGGGAAAAGUUGCACUCUGGGUGAUGGUCUUCAUAUAUGAUAGAUUUGUCCAGCAUCACCAUAGCACAGUGAGACGGAGAGGUUAUCUGGACUUCUACAGACUGACCCGUGGAAUAAAAAACCUUCCACUGCUCAUUCACUCUGCAGGUAAUGCACUGAUCCUGAUUGUAAUUGCUCCAUCUUCUCUGCUGGAUGCAAAUGUGAAGAAUCUUUCUGUAUAUCUUCUGUUGGCCAUCAUCUGUCUGGAGCUACUGCUGUCAGUUAUAUGCUUGCUUAGAUAUGCAGUACACGUGGUGAAGUUUAAUAGCAAGAAGCCACAUCCUGAUGUGACUGAAGAAGAACGCUCUCAUGACUGCUCCAGCGAAGGACAUACAGAGACAGGCGUCAGGGACGGCUCCAGUCUGGAGGAUGUAGUGGAAAAGCAGGCGGACCUGAUUGAUUAUCUGAAACAGCACAACAGUGUUCUGAGCAGGAGGAUCCUCGCGCUGACCGCUCAGCAGAUCAGAGGCUGACACAUGCAAACAGAGAGAGUGACUCAGGUCUGUUUGUGCGUAUGAUGUGGUUUGAAGCCUUGCGUGCGAGUGUGUGUGAGCAUGUCUAUCUUGACUGGCAUCGGCAGCCAUGGCUCACUGAUCAGAAGGCCUUUGGUGGGAAACGAACCCUGGUAACCUCUCUAACAACGCUCUCACGUUUCCAUGACGACAAGUCUGAGUAGACAAUAGCUGCAAUUAGGAAGUCAAAAACCUCUGCUGCAGAAAUGUUUAAUAAAAAUGCUCAUUAUGAGUUGGGAAUAGUGAGAUCUAAUCAAACUAAAAGCUUUAUAAUGUAACUUGUGGUUUUCCUUGUUCAUGUCUGUGAGAGCAUUAAUACGUUGGUACAGCGAUAGUUAAUUAGUACUUAAUUUGGUUUCUUUAGUGCAUCACUUUAUUUUUGGCUUUGUGGAUCAGUGCUGUUUUUGUGUGUAAGAAAUGUGUCAGACGGAUGUUUCUUGUGGUAUGUAUGUUUUGGAGCUGUUCUCAAAUCGUGACCUUUUUAGUCCUGAUGCUACAGAUGUUGUGAACUACUGUAAUUUUAUGUAAAAUAAUGUGAAUAAAAUGAUUGAAACUUCUUUUUGGAAUAAAAUUU